AUGGCGGCGGCCGGCGGGGCGCGGGGCCGCACCAGCUUCCAGCGGCGCGCCGGGGCCGGAGCCCGCCCGGGCGGCCUGCCGGGCACCCGGCCCGCGCUGCGGCACGGGCAGCUGCUGCUCUCCAGCGGGCUGCCCUCCCUCGACUCUGUGCUAGGUGGAGGCGUAGCUGUUGGAACCCUUCUUCUUAUAGAGGAAGAUAAAUACGGUCUCUACUCCAACUUGUUGUUCAAGUAUUUUCUCGCAGAGGGAAUUGUCUGUGGACACGACCUGUUUGUCGCUUCUGCUAAGGAGCAUCCUGACAACAUCUUGAAGGAACUUCCAGCCCCUCUGCUUGAUGAUACCUCUGGAAAGGAACUGGGAGAUGAAGCAGCAGCCCUCAAGUCAGAGGAUUUUCAGGAUUCUAUGAAAAUAGCCUGGCGCUACCAAAAUUUACCAAAAAUGGAGGCCAGCCCAGCAUCAUAUACAAAGUUUGGCCAUUAUUACGAUGUUUCCAAGAAAAUGCCUCCAGAACUGAUUCAGUCCAUAAAAUUCCACAGCUUUUACCUUCACGAAGAACUGUCUUCACAGCCUAAAAUGAAAAUGUGUAACAUGAACGAUGCUUAUGCGAGGCUGCUUCAGUCCCUUCAGAGGAUCAUUUCCCAGGGAGGGUUUGAUGGCUCUGAUCCCCAGAAAAAACAAAAGAAUGUUUUGCGGAUAGGAAUUCAGGGCCUGGGUUCCCCGUUGUGGGGCGAUGACGUUUGUUGCAGUGAUACCCCUGAAGACGUUCACAGCCUUACAAAAUUCCUGUACGUUCUCCGUGGCCUCCUCAGGAAAUCUUUGUCAGCCUGCAUCGUCACAGUUCCAGCUCACCUCAUCCAGAAUAAAGCAAUUAUGGAACGUGUAACAAACUUGUCAGAUCUGGUGGUUGGUCUUGAAUCAUUUAUUGGCUCUGAGAGAGAAACCAAUCCGUUGUACAAGGAUUACCACGGUUUGGUUCACGUACAUCAGAUUCCUCGGCUUAAUAGCUUGAUCUGUGAUGUGUCAGACACGAAGGACCUUGCUUUUAGAUUAAAAAGGAAGCUGUUCACCAUUGAGUGGGUGCAAGACAACUACUUGAGACAAGAGAGGAACAUUUAUCCUCCAGGCUUCUCAUACUUACUCAAGCAGAAAGACUCUGCAUGGGGAGAAGGUUCUUUACAGCAUUCCACAUUUUUAAUGAGCUUCCUUGCAAAGGCGGCUGCAUUUGCCUCCAGACUUGUCAGACACAGUGAGCCGCGCGAGCAAACAGGAUCUGGCAGGAUCCGCCAAACUGCUGAGCUCAGGAUGUGGUGCGAUGGCCAUCGGCAAGAAGCACCUGGACUUCUAGUGAUUUCUACUUAGCAGUUCCACUCAGAUUUAUAUGACACUCUAAUUAUGAGUGUUAAUGACUUAUAUAAAUAUUUUUCUUAAUGAUUUGACCCAGCAGUCUUUAAAAAUACACGUUGUCGUGUGAUGCCUUCUUUUUCUUUUUUUUUUUUAUCUUUUUGGAUUCUGGUUUCUUUGUACUGAUUUUGGUCUUGUUUGGAUUUUGCUUUUCGGUGAAGCUUCUGUUGUGUUGGGUCCUGCCAUUGUUCUGCUCCACUGGAAGCAUACAGUAUUUUGUUCCUAUCCUUAAAAUAUGAAAAUUGCUGUUACCGUUUUCAUUUCUGUAUUUUUUUACACUAAAAAAUAAAGGGAUGUUUUUCCCAAUAGAUUUUUUUAUAUAUAGUUGCAUUUAAUAUUUUGUAUGAAUAACGAGUUGGAUGGUUUAUUGAAAUA